CUCUUCUUCGUCCUCAACCCAAAGCUCCCGAGUUCCAAUUCUCGCUCUGUCUCUCUCUGAUUCUGCCGUCUCCGAUCUGCUUCCCUCUCACCCUCACCAUGUCCGGAGCGGCGGUAAAUCCCACUCCUCUGCUCAAAGAUGAGCUCGACAUCGUCAUCCCGACGAUCAGGAACCUCGAUUUCCUCGAGAUGUGGAGGCCUUUCUUUCAGCCUUAUCACCUUAUAAUUGUGCAAGAUGGUGAUCCUUCCAAGACCAUUAAGGUCCCCGAAGGCUUCGAUUAUGAACUUUACAACCGCAACGAUAUCAAUCGGAUCUUGGGUCCUAAGGCCUCUUGCAUUUCCUUCAAGGACUCUGCCUGUCGCUGCUUUGGUUACAUGGUGUCUAAGAAGAAGUAUGUCUACACUAUUGACGACGAUUGCUUUGUAAGUCAACUCUCCUCCUUCUUUCCUAUAUUACAAUUACGGCUUCGCUCUUUUUCUUCUGCGAGUCAUUCGGGAAUGGGUCGUCAGUUUUCUCUGGCUAGAAUUUCGGAUCUACGUGGGUUCUUCCCUCCAGUUUCCCCAUCUCUUUCUGGAAUAUUGAAUUUUACAUCUCAAUUGUCGAUGCUGUUAUUUCUUGUUCAGAUUGAUAUCACUGUACGAUCUGAAUAUGUUCCUAAUUCUAGUGUAAGCCAUCCCAGGAGCUCUUUAUCAUCUGGCAAGGACAUUAAUGCCCUUGAGCAGCAUAUCAAGAACCUUCUGACUCCAUCAACUCCGUUUUUCUUCAAUACUCUCUAUGAUCCAUACAGAGAAGGUGCAGAUUUCGUCCGCGGCUAUCCAUUUAGCUUACGUGAAGGUGUCCCAACAGCUGUUUCUCAUGGCCUUUGGCUCAAUAUUCCUGACUAUGAUGCCCCAACUCAGCUGGUGAAGCCAUUGGAAAGAAACACUAGGUAUGUAGAUGCCGUCAUGACCAUUCCAAAGGGAACCCUGUUUCCCAUGUGUGGUAUGAAUUUGGCAUUCAACCGUGAAUUGAUUGGCCCUGCAAUGUACUUCGGACUCAUGGGCGAUGGUCAACCCAUUGGACGCUACGAUGAUAUGUGGGCUGGUUGGUGCGCCAAGGUCAUUUGCGAUCAUAUGGGAUUGGGCGUGAAGACAGGUUUGCCCUACAUCUUUCAUAGCAAAGCUAGCAAUCCUUUCGUGAACCUGAAGAAAGAGUACAAAGGAAUUUACUGGCAGGAAGAGUUGAUUCCAUUUUUCCAGUCUGUUUCUCUUCCAAAGGAAUGCACUACUGUUCAGAGGUGUUAUAUCGAACUGGCCAAGCAAGUGAAGGCAAAACUUGGAAAGGUUGAUGAGUAUUUCAUCAAGCUUGCUGGUGCCAUGGAGACUUGGAUCGAAGCUUGGGACGAACUAAACUCACCCAGUGCAAAAUCUGAUGCACUGCCCAAUGGUCCGGCGAAGUGAAAUGUUGGAAACUAUUCCUUCCUUGGUAGCUUCUGAGUUAUCAUCCUUUUUGUCCAAGGAUCGGCGCGGCUCUAGGAUAAAUUAUUGGACAUUGCAGAGGAUGAGGCUCUGCUUGUUAUUUUACCAUGUCCCUAAAACAAUAAAAUUUGAAGCACCCGGUUAUUAUUAUUAUUUUUUAUGUAGGCUGGGACGAGUAACUUAUCUAUUUUGUUGACUCUGUUAGUCAUUGAGAUUAUUGCUUUUGGAAUAUCGUAUCAGGACUGAGUUUGCUAUGA